AUGCAACUUUUUGUAAUACCUAAUUAUGAUGAACUAAUUCCUCAAACAUCCUACUCAAAGGACGGUCAUUUGGAACGAUUAUUCAUAAAUAUCAAUGAUAAAAAUCUGGAGCUUCCAUUUCAGCCUAGCGCUUCUAUGCUAAUUUCUCCACAUUGGGCCAAAAUUUUCCGUCAUAAAAAUGGAAGUGGUCAUCUCAGUAUUGGUGGCCAGAUCAAACAGUGCCAUUAUCAACAUAAGUCCAAUCACACAUAUGCAGCCAAAGGUGUCAUUAUUCGACCCGAUGGACUUUUUCUCAUUCAUCCAUAUCCAGAGCGCUACGCAUAUCGCUCUAAAUCCAUUACAGAUGGCCAUGGAAUGCAUGUAAUUUUCAAACGCCACGUCAAUCAAAAUGAUUUUUGUGGUCUUGAAUCGACUAUCUCAGCAAACGAUUUAGAUAGCGAUGAAAAUGCAAUAAACGAAGAUGUUUUUGUGAUUGGACAACGAUUCACUGCAAUAAGCGACCUCGUUGUAGAAUUAGCGAUAUUUGUUGAUGAGCUGUUGUGGCGUCAUUUCAAUAGUAAAUAUAAUCGAGAAGCGUAUUCAAAACUACAAGAUUACGCUCUGACCAUGCUAAAUAAUAUACAAAUCAUGUAUCGGCAACCAACAGCUGUUCCACCACUUACAUUUCAUGUUGUCCGUUUCGACGUUCUGUCAAGUCAACCGAAUGCAUUGGCUUCAACUUUGCAUGAUAAUGGCCACGCUCAACGAUACCUUGAUAGAUUUUGCCGAUAUCAAAGAUCAUUGGGAGGACGAGAUUGGGACCACGCAAUUUUGCUCACAGGAUAUGAUAUACAUCGAGGAUCUGGGUCUAGAGCAAUCAGUGGUAUUGCGCGUUUAGAUGGCAUGUGCGAUCCAUGGAACACUUGUACACUUGCUGAAGGACUGGACUUCACAUCAGCAUUUAUUGGCACUCAUGAAAUCGGGCACAGUCUCGGAAUGCGACAUGAUGAACCAUAUUGUCCAUCAAAACACAUAAUGAGCUCAUCUUUGGGUCCAGGCAAGGUAACCUGGUCAACUUGCAGUCUCAGAGAUUAUCAUGCAUUUUUACAGCGACUGGAUGAUAGAGGAAAGAACUGUAUGAGAGUUUCAAAUUUACCUCAAAAAUUAACGAUGCGAAAUGAUAUUAGGCCUGGCCAACUUUACACUGCUGAUCAUCAAUGCCGCUUAAUGCAUGGAGAGAAUUAUCGACAAAUAUCACCUCGACAAGAUCAUUAUGAUGGAAUAUGCUAUAUGAUGUGGUGCGGUACUACUUCAUUUGGCAGAAUUGUGAGCUCUCAUCCUGCUUUAGAGGGAACAUUUUGUGGCGCAUCAAAAUGGUGCGAGCUGGGUAGAUGCGUACCAUGGACUGGCUCUAAAUUUGCCCCACAAACUGCCAGUCAAUCACCAGUGCGUAUUAAUGGAGAAUGGUCGAGUUGGAGUGCAACUGCUUGCGAUUCAUGUUCCUGUCAUGAUAUAUCAAAUAGCAUAGGACUAACUAUCAGUACAAGGACAUGUUCUAAUCCAUCACCGUUAAAUGGAGGCCGAGAAUGUAUCGGUGCUUCUAUUCGAGGCAUUGUUUGCAAUCGUAAAUGUCCAAAUACUCGAGUAACCGUCGAUGAGUAUAUAACAGAAAAAUGCACUGAGCACAAAAAAUUAAGAAAUGACGACGAACUUACUGGGAAAGGGAGUCAACUGAAUCGUUAUCCACAGCGUGCAUGUAAGGUUUUUUGCGACGUUUCCAGAAAAUAUGGUUCACAAAGAAAUUACCGAUUUUUUGGUAAUAAUUUGCCAGAUGGAUCGCCAUGUGGCAUCAAUAAAUAUUGCCUGGAUGGAGAAUGCAUUCCUCUUUCUUGUGAUGACACUUCUUUGAUCACUAGAGAUCUUUUAUGCCCCACAGAAGGAUGCCCUCUGUCAAAUGAAUAUACAAGUAGCAGUAACAAAUGGUCAGUAUGGUCACCAUGGUCAUUUUGCUCAGAAACUUGUGGAACGGGUUAUCGGAUGAGAACAAGAACUUGCAACGGUUAUGGGUGUACUGGAUCAGCAACUGAUCGAAUCGCAUGUAAUCUGUCACCUUGUCCAACAACCAAAACUCCUUAUACGAAUGCAUGGAGCGAAUGGACAACAUGGAAUCAAUGUUCAGUUUCAUGUGGUUAUGGCUCUCAAGCACGAUAUCGCCGCUGUGUAUCAGCAACUUCAACAAGCAAUGCUUGCGCAGGAAAAACUAUGGAAAUACGAGAAUGUAAGAUGGAAGUAUGUUUCACAGGAUUGGUAGGAUUAUGGGGUUCUUGGGGAGAAUGGUCCCAAUGCUCUCGAACUUGUGGACCUGGAAUACAAAUAAGGAAUCGGUACUGCACUAAGGAACCUUGCGAUGGCUCUGGACAGUCAAGAAAGUCAUGCAAUCUGCGAUCAUGUGGCGGAAUAUCACAACAAUGGUCAGCAUGGAAAGAAUGGUCACAAUGCUCACAGUUAUGUGGUAGGGGAUUGAGGACAAGAAUGAGAAAAUGCUAUGGAAGCGAUUGUAUUGGGAAUAGCAUAGAACAACAAUUUUGCAAUGAACAGCCAUGUUUGGCUCAAAGUGGCCGAUGGUCUGGUUGGUCGCCUUGGGGAAUAUGCAGUGUCACUUGUGGAGCUGGAAUUAAACGUCGAACGCGACACUGUAUUUAUGGGAACUGUGCUGGAACUUACAGGGACUCAAGCACAUGUGAUCAAGGAGCUUGUAGUGAUUCGACGGCCACAUGGGGAGGUAAGCAAGAUUUAGAAAAUUUGUCGCAGAUCACACAAGCUGUUAGUUCUUUAGUUACAACACAGCCAGAUUAUACAAUCAAAUCAACCGUCGACGGAGCCAACACAUUAGGCUCUACAACUUCUUAUGAUCUGAAACUAACUAAAUCGUUUCAAAUAUCAUUGACAACAAUGAAAUUGGUCGAUUCAUCCAAUGGCAGCGUUAAUUUUUUAUCUGUGGAUAUUUCCACUACACCUAAAACUUUUGGCUUACUUCCGAAUAGAAAGAAAAAUUAUCGUAGAUUUUGGUUAUUUAGAUGGGGUUAUUGGUCAACUUGCUCAGAAAGUUGUGGUAAAGGAAUUCGGAAACGAGUACGAAAAUGUUAUAGCAAUGCGGCAACAUCAACAGCAUGCGCUGGUAACGAGUAUGAGCGUGAAAUUUGUAAUUUGGGGUCAUGCUAA